AUGUCCAAGAGAAAUGAUGUCAUUGAAGUGUUGGUGCUUCUUAGCGUGAAAAGAUUGCCUAUGAUUGUGAUGAAGCUGUGUGGUGCAGAUGCUUUUGUGCAUUCAAUGCAUGAUUUGUUCUUUAGGUACAUAUCCUUCCCAAAAUCAAGGAAGUCAUUGUUAAUUUUUUAUUGCAGCAUUGCUAUAUAUCAUAAAAAUCUGUUUGGGAGGAACCAAAAGCUUAAUCUUUCAUUGGAGAGGGGACAGAUUGAUUCAAUAUUCAGGAUAAACUACACUGAUCCGUGGAUUGAAGGAGAUGAUAAGAGGACAUCAAGAGCCAUCACAAUUCAGAACUCAAGAACCCCGGGAGCACUUGUUCAUGGAAACCAGCCGAACAAUAAUAGUCUGAAUAUAGGACGUAUUACGGCUGGAAUUGAAUACAGCCGGCCAUUCAGGCCAAAGUGGAAUGGAACAGCUGGACUUAUUUUUCAGCGUGCUGGGGCUCGUGAUGAUAAGGGAGAUCCCAUUAUAAGGGAUUUCUAUGGCAGCCCACUUACAGCAAGUGGAAAUAAUCACGAUGAUAUGCUACUUGCUAAACUUGAGACUGUAUAUACUAGUUCGGGUGACCCUAGUUCUUCAAUGUUAGUGUUCAACAUGGAUCAGGGUAUUCCUGUCCUGCCAGAAUGGCUAAUUUUUAACAGAGUGAAUGCCCGCACCAGGCAGGGUUGGGUUGUUGGACCUGCACGUCUUCUCUUUAGGUAUGCCCUCUUUGUCUUCAUUUUAUUUUUCAAUAUGAAGCAUGAAGAUGAAGUUUUGGGUGUCUUUUGAAAGUCAACACAGGGG